AUGCGGCCCCAGCCCCUGGCGCUGAUCCCCCCCCGCUGCCACCCCCGCUCCUGUAUCCGUCACCCCCAUCACCACAGCCCUCGCUGCCACCCCCGCUCCCGUAUCCGUCCCCCCCAUCACCCCGGCCCCCGCUGCCACCCCCACUCCCGUAUCUGUCCCCCCCAUCACCCCGGCCCCCACUGCUUUCCCUGGCCCUCUAUCCGUCCCCCGCAUCACCCCGGCCCUCACUGCCACCCCCGCUCCCGUAUCCGUCCCCCCCAUCGCCCCGGCCCCCGCUGCCACCCCCCCUCCCGUAUCCGGCCCCCCAUCGCCCCGGCCCCCGCUGCCACUCCCACUCCCGUAUCCGUCCCCCCAUCGCCCCGGCCCCCACUGCUUUCCCUGGCCCUCUAUCCGUCCCCCACAUCGCCCCGGCCCUCGCUGCCACCCCCAAUCUCGUAUCCAUCCCCCCCAUCGCCCCGGCCCCCGCUGCCACCCCCGCUCCCGUAUCUGUCCCCCCCAUCGCCCCGGCCCCCAUCACCCCGGCCCCCGCUGCCACUCCCGCUCCUGUAUCCGUCCCCCCCAUUACCCCAGCCUCCGCUGCCACCCCCGCUCCCGUAUCCGUCCCCCCCAUCGCCCCAGCCCCCGCUGCCUCCCCCGGCCCUGUAUCCACCGCCCACCCCCCGAAGAGCAGCUGCCUCCCCCAGCCCUGUAUCCAUUCCCCCCCCAUCGCCCCUGCCCCCGCUGCCACCCCCGCUCCCGUAUCCGUCCCCCCCAUCGCCCCAGCCCCCACUGCUUUACCUGGCCCACUAUCCAUCCCCCCCCUAACCCCGGCCCCCGCUGCCACACCCCCGCUCCUGUAUUCAUCCCCCAUUACUCCAGCCCCCGCUGCCACCCCUGCUCCUGUAUACGUCACCCCCAUCACCCCAGCCCUCGCUGCCACCCCCGCUCCCGUAUCCGUCCCCCCCAUCGCCCCGGCCCCCGCUGCCACCCCCGCUCCCGUAUCCGUCCCCC